AUGAAUAGCCUCUACUUUGUUUAUUUCAGAGCAUGCACCUCUCGCCCACGACAUCCUUUACCUACUCACCGCCGCCAGCCUGAUUUUUCAGGCGAUAGAAAGAUGAAGAAGCCGAUGAUGGAGAAGCUUCGACGAAAGAGAAUUAAUGACUCGUUGCUGUAUCUUAAAGAGUUUCUUCUCAACGUUUCACCACAACAAAGUUCUCCCCAGCUAGAUCAAGCUGAUAUUUUGGAAUGGACCGUACGAUACCUGGAAGAGCAACGAGGGAAUGUGACGGCAGUUGGAGACCAAGCUGCGGUCUACCGAAGUGGACGGGAAGAGGGUUUUGCCCGUGGAUUCGCCCAUGCCUCCCAGGCUGUGUUCAAUUACCUUCAGAUGGCCAUGCCACAUGACUUUCAACCCACAAGCACAACAAUUUCAUCUUGGAUUGGUCCAUCAUUUGAAGUAAGUUGCGCUGCCAUGCCGUCACGAUCAGGCGCCACCACCCAGCCGAUAGCCGCCGAUCCACCAAAGUGGUCACCAGGAACACCGCCAGCUUCGGACAUCUCGUCCAGUGAAUCACCGGAACCAACGGGCUCACCAGGUCGAGCAACCCGACCAAAAGAAACCCGUGGAGAGCGCAGACCUCAUUUGACAAGAGAGGAUGAUUCGUGCCGGGAACCACCAUCGAAGAAAGUCUGGCAGCCGUGGCAAUGA